AUGAACGACGUGCUCACGCUUAUCACCGGCGUAUCCCGGCGUAUCCCGGCGUAUCUUGGCGCCUUGUUCCAAGGGCUCGUUGGCGGAUUUGUUCCACGCAUCAGCAAGACGCCAGCACCUAUGGCUUUGAGCAAUGGACUGGACGAUAAGCAAGAGGCGCAGCAUUAUGACGCCUUUGGGCAGACGGCUGUUAUCGUGGACUGUUCUAAUUCAGAGCAGCCGUGGUUACGACCCGAUGCCAAGAGACUCAAUUUGCUCACGCUCGCGGAGCUGGGAGAAAAGGAGAUUGGAGACGGCAUUGGUUCGGUCGUCUUGAACGUUCUGUCUCGAGCCUGCCUUGGCCUUGAAAGCAGCGAAGUUGGUGCUCUGCCUGUCAUCGACUACAUCAAAGCUGGAACGGGACUGGAGAACAUCUCCUCAGACCUCAAAGACGGUGCUCAGUACUUGCGGAAUCGCCAAGAGAAGGAGUGGACAAAGGAUCCCUGGGCGAGAGGAGCUCCUUGCCCAGUCAUGGGCCCAGGAGUCUUGACAAGUGACGCUGGAAAGGCUGUGCGUGAGCCCGUAAGCCACAUACAUUUCAUCGGAACUGAGACAUCUUUGGUCUGGAAAGGGUAUAUGGAAGGGGCGGUGCAAGCUGGUAUCAGGGGCGCAAAGGAAGUCAUCGCGGACUUGGCGGAGUGA